AGAGACACACAGGUACGAGAGAGAGACACACAGGUACAGGUACCGGUACGCGAGAGAGAGAGAGAGACACACACAGGUACAGGUGUGAGAGAGAGAGACAGAGGAGAGGCUCGCAAUCUCGACCAAGUCUUCCUUUAGCUCGUCCACCACCUCGUCCACCAGCUCGUCCACCAGCUCGUCCACCAGCUCGUCCACCAGCUCGUCCACCACCUCGUCCACCACCUCGUCCUCGUCGCCCUUGGCCAGGCGGAGCCUCGUGAAGGACCUCUUUCCCUGAUGGCUCACCCGAGCGGACAGGGGUUGGGGUACCCCUACCCAGCCAUGCAACCCACACCCGUGCAACCGGGAGGGGGGUACCCCCCCCAGCCUGGCUACCCGGGCUACCCCACCCAGCCGGGCUACCCCACCCAGCCGGGCUACCCCACCCAGCCGGGGUUCCCCCCCCCGUACAGCGGGGAUCAACCCCCAGCCUACAGCAUCCCCAGACAGCCUCCACAGCACGUGCCCGUGCCUGCCGCGCCGGGAGGAUCGAAGAUGUCGAGCGGCUGCCUGCGGACCUCCCUGUGCCGCUGCCUCACCGUCGUGGUGGUGGUGCUAGUCCUGGCGGCCGUGGGCAUCGCCGCGUGGCGCAUCCUGAACAACAUUAAGUCGUUCAGCUCCUCCCCCGGGUCCUCUGGCAGCAGUGGCUCAGCGUCGUCCGUGGGUGACCCAGCCACCUCGUACCCAGCGGCACAGCGCUGCAACGCCAAGGUGGACGCCGCCGGCGGUGGAGACGAGAUAGGAUGUGUGCAGGUAAGUGGACCCAGUGCGCUGCUUCAGGUGUUCAGCGCCAGCGAGGCUCUGUGGAGGACGGUGUGCGCCGACGGCUGGCACAGCUCUCUGGACGCCGUCGCCUGCCGGCAGCUCGGAUUCAGCGCCAGCAGCGGGGUGGCGUCCCACUCCGAGACGUCGCUCUCCUCUGUGGAGGCGUCACUGCAGCAGGCCGUGACGGCGCUGGGCAACCGCACGGACACCAACUUCGACCUGGGGGUGCACACCGCGGUGGUGCCGCG